GAACCGGCGUCACCGGCGUAGGUUCAAUAUCUGUAGAAAACUGUAAAAACGUAUUUUCAAUAAGUGAAACAAUGUUGGACAACAGUGAUAUCGAGUGGAAUGAUCCCGAGCCCAUGCCGGGCACGAGUGGCUUGCAGAAUUUUAGUAAACUCGAAGUGAAAUCCGACGUGGACGACGACGGUUCGACUUCAGACUCUGAAAUAAACGCGUACAGUGUGAGAUUCAACCCUAUGAAGGCUUUAUACUCGAACAAAAUCAUGCUACCAGUGCCCGAUGCGCCUGUUUACGAGAAUCUACAGCAAUUCGAAGCGGCACUGUUGAAAAAUCAAGAAAUAUUAGCGGUCGGUAUGGGGCAGCAGGUUCAGGAGCGGGAGAAAAAGAAAUUGGAGCGUAAACAAGCAUACGAGCAGGCCCUCGAAGAGAAAAACAAGCAGCGUUUUGCAAAAUACGAAGUGACUGUUCGACCCGAGAGGAAACAGGGGCGGAACGUGCUGACCCGGGAGGAAACAGUCACGGGCCCUCUCUCCGCCCUUCGGAAUGCCAUGCAAAAGAACAUGAGGGUCAAGGUGUUGACCAGAGGCCCCACAGGAAUCCGCGGCGCCCUCCACGGGGACCUCACUGCCUUUGAUAAGCACUGGAACCUGGUGCUUACUAAUGUACUCGAGGUGUACCGCAGGAAGGCUGUCAGGAAACUCAAGGACCCACCCGCGGGCGGCCGUCCAGUACCCCAAGGGACAGCUGACAUGAUCUCCCCCCUGCCUGAAGAGGUGGUGUCCUCGAAGGGUCAGAGGAUCUUCGAGUGUUCCCGACACAUCCCCCAGCUGCUAGUGAGGGGCGAACAUAUCGUUCUAAUAAAUGUGGUGGAUCAGUAUAGAACUAAAUAAGCGAUGUGUCGCGGGGACAAAGGAUCUUCGAGUGUCCCGCCACAUCGCUCAGCUGCUAGUGAUCGAACACGUCGUUCUAAUAAAUGUGGUGGAUCAGUAUCGAACUAAAUAAGAGAUGUGUCGCAGGGACAAAGGAUCUUGUGUCCCAAGUCGACACAUCCCUCAG